CAGCAGAAGAAAAUGGCGACGAAUGGCAUGAUUCAGGAUAGUUUCUGGAGUUGUGGCCCGAAACCAGGGGCCUUCUACAGUUGUCCAGGGUCUACAACGGCUCCAAAGCAUGAGGCAAGGAAAAGGACACUAUAUCCCAGCGUGACAGGUACCUCUGUCCUAGGUAUAACAUUUAAGGGUGGAGUCAUGAUCGCUGCAGAUAUGCUGGGGUCAUACGGCUCGCUGGCACGGUACAGAGACUGUUCCCGAGUCAUGAAAGUCAACGACACUACGGUCCUCGGGGCAGGUGGUGACUAUGCUGAUUAUCAGUACAUCAAGAGUGUCAUAGAACAGAGAGUUAUAGACGAGGAAUGUUUGGAUGAUGGUUUCACUUACACCCCAGCCACGCUCUUCUCCUGGUUAACCAGGGUCAUGUACUCCAGGAGAUCAAACUUCAACCCUCUCUGGAAUUCCCUGGUGGUUGCUGGUCUAGAGGAUAAAAAACCUUUUCUAGGCUACAUUGAUAAAAUCGGCACAGCUUACGAGGCAGACACAGUGGCCACAGGUUAUGGAGCCUACAUAGCCCAGCCGUUGUUACGAGAAGCCCAAAGUAAGACGCCUCAGAUGACACAGGAUCAAGCAUCUCAACUCCUUGACAGAUGCCUGAAAGUUUUAUACUACAGGGAUGCAAGGUCCUUAAAUAAGUAUCAAGUAGCCAUAGUGACAAAGGAUGGUGUGGAGAUCAAAGGGCCACUGUCAUCUGAUGCCAACUGGGAAAUAGCUCACCUGGUCAGUGGUUUUGAGUGAAGUCAUUGGGAUCUAACAGAACAGCAAUCAUCAUUGUUUUAGCCACCCGGAAAUUCUUCAUGGCUGUCAAGAAAGGAUGUUUCAUUUGUUGGUAUGAUCGGACCAGUAUAGCUGCAAGGCAUGGUUGGUGUCUUGGAGUCUUUGUUGACAGCUCUAACUUAUGUCAUACAUGUAUGACCAUACUCGUUCUGCUUUCCUACUCGCCAUUGAUAAAGAAUAAAACACAUCUUAAU